CAUAUGAUAAUAAUAAUCAGAUAUAAACAUAUGCUUCCAAGCUAAGGUUGGGCUGUCGGUUUUUCCUCUUUCUCGCGCCGCCGCUGAAGAAAGUCUCUGCCCCUUGUCCAGGGUUUUCCGGUCGUCGAUUGCUCCGUGAGAAUGUCUAACAGGCACACUAUUAUUCUUAUGCAAACCUCUCCACACAGAGCAACUCGUACAUUCAUGGAUUAUGAUUCAAUCAGUCAAGCAAUGGAUGGAAUUUGUGGACUCUACGAAAGGAAACUGAGAGACAUAAAUCCUACCAUAAGAAACAUAACCUACGAUAUUUCGGAUCUCUACAAUUUUAUAGAUGGGCUUGCUGAUUUGAGUGCAUUAGUCUAUGACCACUCGAUUCAAGCCUACCUGCCUUAUGAUCGGCAAUGGAUCAAACAGAAGACUCUGCAACACUUAAAGAGACUGGCUCAAUGAAAUCCAUCAGCUGCAGACGAUCUACAACUGUGUGUUUUAGUGAAACCUAAAGUGCGCAUAUGGCACUACCUAGCUCAGCGCCAGCUGUUCUAAAUUCUGAUGUUCGGUAUGUAUCUCAUCUCUUCGCUACUCUGCAUACAAUGGUAAUGCUGUAACAAACUCGCCUUCAGAGAGUUGUAUAAAAAUUCUAUUCUAUUGCUGGAUUGGUACACUAUCUAGUUCCAUGCU